AUGUCAAAGAUUUCCAGCCGCCUCAAGGCGCUGAUCAAUGCUCCCAGUGCACGGCCAAAUACCGUGCCUGCUCCGCGCAACAUCCGGUCCGUCUAUCAGAAGAUCCAACAACAUGCUCUAGCGAACAAUGUUUCUUCGCCGUCCUGGCUGGCAUUGUCGACAGCCGCCACAAUGACCAUGAAUUCCCCCGAAUCCCUUGCCAUUCUGUUCCAGUUGGUUUCCGCAGCCCAAACAGAGGAGGAAAGCGUAGCCACCGCGGAAUUGAUGCGGGAGGUCGGCCUGAAAUGCAUCAGCUUCAAUGGCAUCCCCCGGACCAUCAACUGUCUCAAUGCUUUCAAAACCAGUUUACCUGAAUCGGUCCGCACGGGGCUAUCGCAAACCCCCACCCGGACUCCCACCCCUGAAAAUAUCAACGAGAUUGCAAGUCGCGGCCGAGCCUUGUGGGAUUCCAUCUACCGGCCCUUCCACUCCAAGCUCUACGACAAAUUGGCGGGCUCGCAUCCUGAUCUACCCGUGCAUAUUCUCAGCAGUCACUACGGAGCCCUCUUGUCUGAUCCCCCGGGCCGCACCACCGGUGCGAAUGCUGGCCGGAUGGCGACUUCCAUUGCCGCGAUCGCGUGCUUGCGUGCGCAGUCCGGUGUAGGACCGCAGGUCAUGUCGCAUGUCUUUGGUCUACGGAAAGCACUCGAGGAUGGAACAUGGAUACAUGAUGUUGAGAGUGAGCAGGGUGCUCGGUGGCUGGCUAGUGACGAAGGGACUACUUGGAUUCUGACCAGCAUCGACGAUAUUGUCGAGUCGAUCACCCAGGGUGAAGGGUCCAACUUUGCGCCGUCGCGGACCUCGAAGUUGUGA